UCUCUCCCGUCGGUUUAGAGGGUCUCCCCAGAUGUGCUACAGGGGUGCAGUUGUGCUGAUGUCAAUUUCUAGCGCAGACCUGCCCCUAAUCUCCCACUGUCUGUGAUGUUCAGGAUUCUUGGUUGGGAUCUAAGUCCUGGCUCGUUGGCUGGGCAGCUGGCAGUGCUGGAACCGGGCUGUUUGCUCGCUGCUUUCAAAGACAAACAGGAAAUAAAGCCCUGUCAGUUGCUUUCACUUUCCAGAUUAUUCACCCUGCUCGGCGUCGGUGGGAGAAAGGCCACGAGAGCAAUGGGAAACCGAACACAGAUGAUUCUGUGAGCUCUUUGCAGAGUUGGGGCACCUACGGCUCCCAGGAGGAAAGCCGGAGAUGAGAGAUCGGAACCAGCCCGGUGUUAGGCCUGAGCGCUACCGGGGUGAGCCAGAGGGGAAUCACACCCUGCGCCUUCAUUCCUGACCUUCAGCAGAUCCCCUGGGGCAGGACCUAGCCCUUCAGAGACCGUCCUGCCUUCGCCAUGGCGAGAGUCAGUCUUUUUCGCUCACUUCACUUGAUUGUGCUGUGGACUCUCUGCUGCAUUGCUGGAGAGGAGACAGCCAUCACAGCUCAGUAUGGGAAAGACGUCACCCUGACCUGCAUCUUCCCAUCCAAAUUUAAGAUAAGCUUCCAUCGACUGAGCAUCAUCUGGACUAAAGAAGGAGCCCAAGGCCAGAGUGUCCUGGUUCACAGAUUCCAUCUGAAGAUGAACUGGCUGGAGGGACAGGAAAAGGCUUAUAGGGGCCGAACGCAGCUAUAUCCACAGGAAUUCCCCCAGGGAAACGCAUCCCUGAGACUCAGCGACGUUCGCCUCCAGGAUGAGGGAUCCUACUUUUGCAACAUCACCUGUGAGCUAGGAAGCUGGUCCCAGAAGAUUUCACUCAUAGUGCUAAGUGACAGUGAAAUGAAAAGGCCUCUCAUCGUUCAGCCAGGGAAGGACGUCAUCUUGAAUUGCUCGUUCCGGUCCGAGUUAAACCAUCGGCCACUGAACAUCACCUGGAAGAAGGAAGAAGAGGAGGGACCAGAUCUCCUGGUUCACAGCUACUGCUCUGAGCUGGACCCACUGGAAACACAGGAUGAGGCUUACAGAGGCCGGACUCAGCUGUAUCCGGAGAGACUCCAUGAGGGAAACGCAUCCCUGAGACUCAGGAACGUCCGGCGAGAGGAUGACGGGGUCUACACCUGCCACGUCAAGCCCCAACUGGGCAGGUUUUCCGUGCGGAUGAGAGUGGUCGUGGAGAAGGAUGCUGAGCUUGUCCAGAGCCCAUCCACACUGUGCAGUCUGUGGUGGAUUGUUCUGGGGUUACUGGGGUUACUGGGGAUAUUAGCAUUUGCUCUGUUUCGAAUGUAUUAUCCUUCCCGGUGGAAACUGCAGCUGAACAAAAAGUUGCCUCAAAGUGAGUCCCAGCAGACUGUAUCUGACCAUAAAGACGACGAAGAGGAGAACAAACAUCUGCUCCAGGCAUCCUCAUCAGCCUUCAUGGGGCUAGGAGUGGCCAAUCCCACCCACAGUCCACCUGCGCAUUCCUCCCCGGAGCAGACUGCCAAAGACAUGAGAGAACCAAGGGCUGCUCAUGGAAUUCAAAUAGUACCUACAUUGAUUUCUAUAAUGCAGCAGUGGGCUUUGGAAUACACCAGGUUAGAUAUCGCCAUUAUGGGAGAGCGAGGCUGUGGGAAAUCGUCCUUCAUUAAGGCCAUGUGGGGACUAUUUGAUGAAGAUGAAGAUGCUGCCCCAGUCGGGGAGGAAGAAAUGAUGAUGGAGCCAACAGCUUAUCAGCAUCCCAAACACCCGAGCGUGACUUUCUGGAGACUGCCGAUAGGUGGGACAGAAAAUUUUCAGCCAAAGGCAUAUCUCCAGCAACUGAAAUUUGUCUGCUACGACUUCUUCAUCAUCAUGGGUUUAGAGGAAUUCACACCUACGCAUGCUGAGUUGGCCCAGGAGAUCCACAACAGAGGGAAGAUGUGUUACUUUGUGCGCUCCAAGGUGGAUGCAGAUUUGGAUGCUGAAAGACGUAGCCGGCCCACCACCUAUGAUGAGGAGGAAAUACUGCAUAAUAUCCAUAACCACUGCAUCAGAUGCCUGGAAGAGGGAGGGAUGAUCAAUCCUGAGGUUUUCCUCCUCUCCGCAAUUGAGUUAGACAAGUACGAUUUUCCCCUCCUGCGAGAGAACAUGGAGAAAGCACUCCUGGGUGACAAGAACAGGGCUUUGAUACUGGCCCUGCCCAACACCUCUCCACAAGCCUUGCAGAAGAAAAAGGAAGCCGUGCAGAAGCAGAUCUGGAAAAUAGCUCUUGUGUCUUCUCUUAUCACGGUUAUUCACAUACCCGUUGUCUCCACCAUUCUUGACAUAACUAUCCUGCUGAUACUCAUGAGAUACCACUGCUUGGUCUUCGGCCUGGAUGAUGUCUCCUUCACGGCUCUCAUGAGGCAGUUUGGCAAACCGGCAGAAGAGCUGAAGGCCAUUACGAAGCCCCUGCUGGCCAAGGAAAUUACCAUUAACAUGGUCUUGCAGUUCUUGUCCUCGGUUGGGUGCGGCAUAUUCAUAGGAGCUGUUUUGUCUCUGUGGCCUUUAGGGGUGCUAGGAUUCAUGCUGUCUGGAGGAGCUGUAGGACUCUUGGCGGCUGGUGGAAUUUCACUGGCUACCACGUAUAUCCUGCUGAAAACCUUCCUCAACGGUGCUGCUGAAGAUGCCCAAAGAAUCCUACAGAAGCUAAGUCCACAGGACAACAGGGAACGCUAACGAAGCUAAUGAGAUGACGCAAACGAGGAAGGCUUUCCAGGACCAGAAUCUAAAUGUUCAGGGCACAUGCUUCAUGAGCACUAUGUGCUUAUUCUGCCGUUCUUGUCCCUGUUCUGGUCCUUCCUUUUGAAGCUCCCCUGGCGUAAUCCUCCAGCGUGUAACUCCACCAGCUUCCACUUGACACUGGGACUGGGCUGAGGCUGUCACACCAGAGGGGCUUAGAUUGGAAGAACUAGCAUCAUAAGCCCAGGUCAACAGAUGACUAGUGAAAUGAUUGAAUGUAGGUGUGUGAGAAAGAGGCUGGCUGACAGUCUGAGUCCUUUCGUGUAUUCCCAGCCCAAGCACCUGGCCUGUUGUACUUCCCUUCUUACAGUUCUUUCUUUCUUAUAUUGUUUCUUUUCCUGUUAUCUAUUUAUGUUACACCAACACUAGAGAUCCCAGCUGGGAUCAGGGCCCUGUCAUGCGAGGCACUGCCCAGACACAGCGAGAAAUGGUUCCUGUCCCUAAGAGUUUACAAAGGGACAAAAGGUGGGAGGGAAAAUGGAGGCACAGAGCAAGACCCCAAGCAGGCCAGAAAAACACCCUGCAUCUCCUGACUCCAAGGCUAGUGGGCUAAAAAAAAAACACAUCCCUCACUUCCUCUCUCAGUCUUCCAGCUCCACUUCCUUGUUCUCCAGCAGCAGGCCAUGCCUCCUGGGACAGGGCAUUCCUGGGGAGCUGGGCUGCACAGGUCCUGACAUCUCACCUCAGUGGCAGCACUACAGGACAAGAGAAAUCUGGGCCUGGCAGCUGAGCCAUCUGUGUGGUUUGCCAUGGGAGCUACUGCUGCUUUCCCUGCAGCCCUAGGGAUGCAUUUUCACAGUGGGGGCAGAGCCGGGGCGUGCAAAUUUCUGCUCCCUUGUGUUCUCUGUCCCAAGUCCCCUCUCAUGUCCCCCACCCCCCAGACUCAGGGGUGCUAUUACAGAUUUUGGUGGGGGGGGGUGUGCAUGUGUCAACUUUACUCAUGAUUCCAAGGGCGACUUUCUGCUGCAUCAAUAGUCCACAGUCACCUAAAAAUUAGCCCCAAAGUAGCUCAAUCUAUUUAAACAAUUUUUUUUAUUAACACCUUUAAAGAGAAUCACUAUCUAGAGUGUAAUUAAAAUGAUGGAUGUUAGCAGCAUACGGAUCUAUCACAAACAUUUUGGCAACCAAAUCUUACAGAUUGUUCAGAUUGGUUUGGGUUUAUGUGCACGUGUAAGGGGACUGUUAUCCCCUUACUAACACUCAGUGGGGUGUUUUGGUUGCUAGCUCCCAGUACCAAAAGGGGAAGGGUCAAGGGGAAAUCAGGAGCUUGAGACUGACAGUCCCCAGGGGGAACGGGGAAAGGCCAAUGCUCCAGGUCAGCCUGAUGGACAGGGCGGGCAGGCUAAUCAGGGAGUCAGGAGGCCAGGAGUUGCCUGGGUCAGACAGAGUCGGGUCGAGAUAAGGAGAGAGCCGGGGCCUGAGCUGAGCUGGGGAGCAGAGCCUGGCCAGAUCCAGGGGGGCCAGAAAAACAGCCCAAAGAGAACAGACCUGCCCCGGGGGAGAAAUGCAGCCCCAAAGCCAGAGUAUACCUCAGAGAGAGCAGAUCCUGUGCUGGGAGCACAGCUGCAGCAACCAGAGCCAGAGGGGCCAGAGAAGCAGCUCAUGGGGCUGGAGGCAGAGCACCAGAAGCAGCGGCACUGAGGCAGUAUGGAGCUGGGGCUGGAGCAGUCCAAAGCUGGGUGCAGUGAGCAGCUGGGGAGAGCAAGGGGGACCCUGGGCAGUGGGCCCAGCACAGGGAGACACCUCAGCCAAGAGGCCCCGCAGGGGGAUCGUACCCCUGACGGGGUGGGGGCAAUGCUGGGAAGCAGGGCCCUGCCACCCAGAGCUGAGAGUGUGUGGCCACCGCCAGAGCAAGUGUCCGACCCGCAGCGUCCCUGGAGCACAGCCAGGGCCUGAGAAGGGGCCUGGGACCUACAAGGAACAAACUGAAGUGCCUGGACAUUCCAGAAAACUGUGAUGUUCCCUGCCACAGAGCAGGUUUAUGUAUUUCCCUGAACUUUUCCCAUUUCUCCUUAUUCCUUUUUUAAAUUAAUUGUUAAUGAAAUAAACUGUAUUGCUUUAAA